UACAUCCUUAUUGGAGCUGGUGCACUUAUGAUGCUGGUUGGUUUCUUGGGAUGCUGUGGUGCAUUGCAGGAAUCUCAAUGUAUGCUUGGCCUGUUCUUCUUCUUCCUUUUCGUGAUUUUUGCCCUUGAAAUUGCUGCUGCAAUCUGGGGAUUUGCCAAUAAAGAAAAGGUUAUUGAAGAGUUAAAGGAUUUCUACACGGAAACCUAUGGAAAGAGAUCUCAACCAGCUGCCAGAGAGACCCUGAAAGCAUUUCAGUUAGCUCUAGACUGCUGUGGUCUUACAGGAGUUCUUGAGCAGCAGUUCAUGGACACCUGUCCGAAGAAGACCAUGCUUGAGUCACUUUCUGCAGUGUCGUGCCCUGAUGCCAUUGAUGAUGUCUUCAAAUCAAAAUUGAAUGUGAUUGGAGCAGUUGGCCUUGGCAUUGCUGUAAUAAUGGUUUUCGGCAUGAUAUUCAGUAUGGUUCUCUGCUGUGCUAUCCGCAAAAACAGAGAAAUGGUCUAAGAGCUAAAAACCCAAGACUGCUGCACUAUAAAAUCUUUGUCAUUAACUUUAGCGUUCUGAAAGCAUUUCUAAAAAGUUAUAUAUUUGUUACCUUUUUAAUGCUUUAUUUGGUACUGAUGUAGGUUUGCUUUUUAUGUUAAUAGGUUAAAAUGAUAAAGGUAUAUCUGACUCAAGACAAAUAUUGUACAUAAAAUAUCUGACUUUCUUGAAACUUAUGUAAUUUGGAUGUAAUUUAUGUUUGAGACAAUUUGAUACUUAAUAAAGAGUAAGAUG